ACGCGCUUGCAACACCACCGCCGGCUCCACCCGCCUAGGUGGAUUUCUCGGACGUUGCUGGUCUUGAAGGGUGUUAUGGCGUUUGCACUCGAUUAUCCUCUCAAGAACUCGUUCCGGGAAAUUCGUGCAAGGGAACAGUCUCGAAUUCAGCACUGCAUUGAGUUUUAAAUUUCAUUGGUCUACUCAGUGACUUCACCCAGGUCUAGAGGUUUAUCACCACACGAUGAGUAUCCCAGGAUUUCUAGGAUCCAUGUUCCUCGUUCCGCAAUCGAAUAGCGGAGUCGUUGUUCUUACGAACGCGACGCCCAAACUGGACGCUACCGAUCUAUCCACUCAGUGUUUACUUGGAGUUCUCUUGGGUGAACCCCGCCCAAAUCUCGUUCGCAUGGCAGAGAUGGGCCCGAAGAUGACCCAGGCUAUCUACCGGCACAUCACGACCUCUUUAGAGCAAGGUCAGACGUCGAUACGACCUUCUCUACCACUUCACAUGGAAACGCGCGGGUCUUUUACGAUGUAUCUCCUUAUGAUGAGGACACAUUCUACUGGCCGGUCAACCGGGAGAGGGAAUUGUGCGACAAAGCUAUGUGGCCACAACUUCUUCCCGCUUUCCAUACCGUCACGUUCUGUGUGAAUGAUGACAGUGUUGAUUGCUUGAGGUGGCACCACGACCCCAUGGAUGGGCCUGAAGUCUUUAUGAAGGCCACGACAAGGAGUAGCAAGAUUUUCGAAUCUUCUUGCGGCGCGGAGAUAGCAAUAAAAUAGUACGGGCAGAGUCGGU